CCGAAACGCAACAACAAACUGAUAUCCGAAAUGAAGCAAACAAAUCCAAUCAACAUCGUACUUGAUGUGCCACUUAUCACACAGAAAUGUGCUUCCAGAAUAUUGAGGACUAUCGUGGAGGUAUCGAUGUUUCAAAGAAAUCAGAUUCCUUUUGUCUAUGAGAUAUUUUGUGGUCAGAUAACGAAGUGGGAUUCACCGACUGAAAACACGGCGUCCGACGAUGAUGCUUCUGUUCCGAAGAUGCGGAGCAUGCAUUUGACGAAACAACGAACUAAAGCUAGAGAAACGUUAACAAGCACACAGGUGCUAUUUGAUACGGUGGACAAGAUCAUAACGGAACAUUCAACAGUUCGCGAGGUGAUGAUUUUAUUUGGUAAAACAAUUUAUACUGCUAAAGAAGCGAUCAUUGUUAAUCUGCCAUCGAUUAACACGAACCAUGUGGGACAAAAUCAUCGAAAUGGGAUGAGUCAAAAUCUUCGAGAAAUAGCUAAAACGUUAUCACUAUCUAACGAAAUUUUCGACAAUAUGCAAGUGAAGGAUACAACAAACAUGUUUGUCCUUUGUAAACCUUUGUUAAUUCCGCAAGUUUCCGGAAAUGGCAUCUUUCCAGUAGAUGAGUUUCAACUUCCUUCAAAGUGUAUACAGUUCGUCAUCAAUCUGAACACUUCGGAAUUGGUACCCGCCACAGCUGUGUUUGAAAUAUUUGACGAAGAUCCUGAGGCGCCCAAAGUCAGCAAAACCGGGACGGAACCAACAGCACCACCACUAGAAACGGCUAACAAAUGGUAUCAGCUCGACGUUGUAGUCAAAGGGUUUAAGCUAAUCCGCAGGAAAGGGUGCCACAUUUGGGAAUGACUUUGAAUACAUAUUUUAUUUUACAACUUGU